AUGACAACCCCUCGGCAGAUCAAGUUCUCGUUCCUCGCUCGCGAACAACCAGAAGGUGCGGGCGCUGUGGUACGACGUUCAGUCGGCACCCCUAAACUGCGCCAUUUCACCCCUUUCCUCAUGCUCGACCACUUCAACAUAUCUCCCGGUGCAGGCUUCCCCGACCACCCUCACAGAGGACAGGAGACAAUCACAUACCUCCUUAAAGGUGGCGUUAACCAUGAAGACUUCGCUGGCCACGCAGGAAGAAUCGGACCUGGCGAUCUGCAAUUCAUGACUGCAGGUCGCGGAAUAGUCCACGCGGAGAUGCCUGUACAAACCGAAGAUGUCAGCAUCGGCAUGCAACUUUGGGUCGACCUGCCCGAAAACCUCAAAUCCUGCGAACCCCGGUACCGCGAUUUACGUGCAGAGGAGAUCCCAAUCGCAAAGACCGACGACGGAAAGGUCGAGGUGAAGGUCAUAUCGGGCAAAAGCCUAGGUGUCGAGUCAUUGAAGGAUCUCGCAUACACGCCCGUGUGGCUCCUUGACAUCACAGUUCACCCCGGUGGAAAGAUUACGCAGGAACUCCCACAGGGAUGGAACGCGUUUGCCUACACGUUGGAAGGCGCCGUGACAUUCUCCAAUGGCUCCGCCGUACACAAAGCCGAAACGAUCACACCCUACCAUAACGUCGUCUUCGAACAAGGCGGCGACGUGGUGACGGCUUCAGUCGAAGAAGGGGCAUCGGAAGGUGCACGAUUCAUCCUCGUCGCCGGGCAGCCCUUGGACCAGAACAUUGUCCAGUACGGCCCGUUUGUGACCACCUCCAAAGAAGCCAUUUAUCAAGCCAUGAUGGAUUAUCAAACCUCGACCAAUGGGUUUGAGAGAGCAGCGAAUUGGGAGAGUCAAAUUGGCAAGACUAUGGGUCGCGUCAGAUAA